GGUUGUCCGCUUGUCCUGAAACAACCGUGGGAUGCCGCUGAUCCUGAACACACCCGGUGCGUCUUGUCGGCUUCGUUAAAUCAUCACACGCCGGGAAGGAGCAUCCAAACGUGCGCCAAAGAUGCGGCGUAGUAGCGGCUGACGCUGCGUCUGCUGCAGGUGACAGAGGAUGACCGAGCUGCUGUUGCGCUGUGACAACUUACGCUAUUAACGUUUAUCUCAAGAUGGAGGCGUUUUAAUGUCACAGCCCAGUAACAUGUCAGUACUAUAAUGGUAACUGUAAUGUCAGGGUCAAAGAUGUCUCUGCUGCUGGCUGUGGUGUUGGUACUCUCAGUGCUGCCAGGAGUAACAACCCAGGCCGGGCCUGAGAUGGACCCUUACAAAAUCCUCGGAGUCACCAGGAGUGCGAGCCAGGCGGAGAUAAAGAAGGUCUACAAGCGUCUCGCAAAAGAAUGGCAUCCUGACAAAAACAAAAAUCCAGGCGCUGAGGACAUGUUCAUCAAGAUCACCAAGUCUUAUGAGAUUCUGUCCAGUGAAGAGAAACGGGCCAAUUAUGACCGUUAUGGGCAGACUGAUGACACUCAGCCAUACGGCAGCAGUCGAUAUGGUCCUCGCCAUGACAGCUUUUACUUUGACGAGUCCUUCUUCAACUUUCCCUUCAAUAGCAAGAACCACAGAGACUUUGCCGACAGCAAAUACACACUGCACUUUAACCAGUAUAUCAACAAUGUGGUGCCUGACAGCUACAAGAGACCAUACCUAAUAAAGAUCACCUCUGACUGGUGCUUCAGCUGCAUCCACAUCGAGCCCGUCUGGAAAGAAGUGGUGCAAGAGAUGGAGUCUCUAGGCGUUGGAGUUGGUGUGGUGGAUGUUGGGUACGAGAGACGGUUAGCCAAUCACCUCGGUGCUCAUCGCACUCCAUCAAUUCUUGGAGUCAUCAAUGGCAAAGUGACGUUUUUCCAUUACGCUGUUGCAAAGGAGCAUCUGCGGCAGUUUGUAGAAGACCUUCUUCCUCAGAGACUUGUGGAGCGGGUCACUGACCAGAAUGAGCUGCAGUUCUUGAACAGCUGGCACGAGCACAACAAGCCACAUGUGCUUCUGUUUGACCAAGUGCCCGUAGUUCCUCUUCUAUACAAACUGACGGCUUUCGCUUAUAAGGACUACUUGCAGUUUGGCUAUGUGGACCAGGGCCUUUCAGAGACCGCCAAUCUGCAGAAACAGUUCAACAUCAACACUUACGCUCCAACCAUGCUGGUCAUUAAAGAGAAUACUGACAAGCCUGCUGACAUUAUACAGGCGAAGGGAAUGAAAAAGCAAAUCAUUGAUGAGUUCAUGGCAAACAACAAAUUCCUUCUUGCACCACGGCUCGUCAGUCAGAGGCUCUUUGAUGAGCUCUGUCCUGUCAAACAGUUCCACAGACGCAGGAAAUUCUGUGUCCUGCUGAUCACACAUGAUGAAGAGUCCUUUUCUUUUGGGAACCAGGCAUUUCUCUUGUUUGCUUCCACCAAUGCCAAGGAAGUGGUGAGAUUUGCCUAUGUGUACCAGCAGCUGCAACAACCACUGUGUGAAAUCCUCAUGCAGAGCAAGGACAGUGCACAGUCACUACCACAGGUGGUGAUUCUGGAGAGGCGUAACGCUGCUGGGAAGGCCUUGUUUAAGCCUGUGACCACGUGGAACGGCAGUGAAGAAGACAAGCAGUGUCUUGUGGAAGAGCUGGAGCGACUUCAGAAGGACCCAUCCAUCCUCGUCCAUGACGCUAUGCUGCCUGAGCUCAACAAUGAGUUUGCUUCUAUGUUUGUAAUCCGAUGGAUCUAUGCGUCGUAUGAUUACCUCUCUGAGGUCAUCGAUGAUAUUCUGCAUAAUAACUGGCGUGAGAUGAUGCCUCUUCUGUCCCUCAUCUUCUCUGCCUUGUUUAUCUUGUUUGGAACUGUGGUCAUCCAGGCCUUCAGUGACUCAAGUGAAGAUAAGCAGACCAAACCAAAGACAAAAGAUGGAACACAAGCUGAAAAUGGGUCACCUGGGAUUGGCGCUUCAAGUCGGCCUCCGAAGAAGAAUUUUGUGGAGGUGACCGAGCUGACAGACAUCACUUAUGUGAGCAACCUUGUGAAGCUGAGGCCAGGACACAUGAAUAUAGUCCUGGUGCUCACUGAUGCCUCCAAGAACAUACUGCUGAGCAAGUUUGCCAAAGAGGUCUACUCCUUCACAGGGAGCCUGACGCUGCAUUUCUCCUUCCUGAAUAUUGACAAGCACAGCGAGUGGAUAAACACACUGAUGGAGUAUGCCCACGAUGCAAUGCAAACUGAUACAGAUGAGGACGACAGUGGAAACCACAAGGUGGACUACACUGGCUAUGUGCUGGCACUCAAUGGCCACAAAAAGUACAUUUGUCUGUUUAAGCCCAUCUACACUGGGGAAGACCAUGACAACAAGUCAUCUGAGGAUGAGGGGGGCACGUCCGGGGGGAGACCGAGGUCCAGUUCCCGUGAUGACCACCUUCCACGCAAAUCCAACAGAUCUCGUAGCAUAUCUACUCUGCAGAUCCACCACAAACUGGACCGCCUGGGGUUGUGGAUGGAAAGGCUCAUGGAGGGCACUUUGCCUCGCUUCUACACCCCUGCCUGGCCUGGACUGGACAAAAUCACCCCCUGUAAAUAGAGGAAGUGGAGUUCAGAAGGACUUAAUGUUUGUCUACUGUCAUAAAGAAACGGUUUCCCUUUGUGUUCUGCAUAGGUUAAGCUAGUGCUGCUGUUUUUUUUCACUUCAGAUAUUUAUUGUUAAAUAUGUCUUUUAAAGUUGGGUAAACAUUACAAACCUGGCUUGUGGAUAACGUGGAUAGCAUGCUGUUUUCAACUGUUAUUUUAUUCAUGCUGCCAUUACAGCUUGUGAACAGAAAACAAAACCACUGUGGCCACACGUUAUUUCACAUUCAUCUAGGCUGGACCAAACUGUGAAUAGAGAUGCAUGUCUCUAACAUUAAAUAUUGUUGCCUAUUAUGUCCAAUUCCUUUUCGACUACUGAUUUGCUUGUGCAAUAUAUAACAACCUGCUGUAAUGUUCAUCGCCUUUUAAACGGAACCACAGGGGUUUCUCCAUGUUCUUCCUGAUCAUAUGAUUGCAGAGGAAUUAAAGAUGUGUUUUUUUUUUAUAUAGAAACUGUCAAAAUGUUCUCUAAAAACAAGAAUUAUUCAGCAGUCUGUUUUUACAACCUCAGAACGCCAGUAGCUGUAUGUA